UAAAUGCUGAAAUAAAUAAAUAACGGAAAGCUGGUUGUUCUUGGAGGGAUAAAUCAGCAAAUAAUUAUUGUUCCCUGUCGACACUGCUAUGAGCUAUGCGCUAUGUGCCAUGUCACCAUUAUUUAUAUAUCCAUAACACAACAAUUGAGAAGCACAAGAGACCUUCAGCCCUUCAUUUAAUGAAUAAACAUUCCCACGCAGGUUGCAGUCACUGUUUGACCAUUUCCUCGAUAACAUACUUUGCAUAGUUGGUUGCUUGCUGUCUCCCGGCGCAGUUGGUUGGUGUUCGUUCAGGGAAUGAUUUAGUUUGCAUUUUUGAAAAAAAACUGUGUAAAUUUGAAGAAAACAAUGGUGUCGUAUAGUUUUCAAGGAGUGGUGACCACGAUCCUCGUGGUGGUGAUUAGUGUAAUUUUGCUAAGUGUGGAAGCCCAUGUGACGCUAACAUUUCCACCAGCGAGGAAAUUGGAUAUCGAUUUUUUGAAUAAUUUCUGGACAAAGCCGCCCUGCGGUCAACCGAAAGGUUCAACCAGAACGACACUGGCUGCAGGUUCUUCAUUCAAUGUGAACUGGCAGUUAGGUUAUUCUCAUAUUGGUGGAUACAGGAUUGAACUGCUGGACAAUAAGGAACAAAAACUUAUGGAUUUGACCGUAACUAAUUCUCCUGAUGGAUUCGUGCAAGGAAAUGCGACGGCACAAUGGCAGAAGAUUUACCUCCCUCAAAAUUUUGUCUGUCGAGAUUGCACAAUCCGCCUGUUACGACAGGUCAAGUCGUUCGAUCCCAACUUUAACUUUUGGUCAUGCGCCGAUGUCGACAUCGUAAAUCCGACGCAGUACACGGAAAACUGUCAUAAUCGGGGACGACUUGUGGGUGACAAGUGUCGGUGUGGGGAUGGAUACUGGGGGAAAAUUUGUCAGUUCAAGGACGAAUGUGGGACUGAUUCUCAAUGCGGGGGGCCUUCGAGGGGGAAAUGCUUGUACAUGGGGGGCUCCAACCUACCAAGGAGACAAUGCUUCUGUAAAAACGGGUACCACGGGGAAGGAUGCAAUCUAAGGAAUAAUGCCCCUCUUCCCGUCCCCACGCAUUCCCUUAAUUUGACAGCUCACUCACUGCAAGUUCUUUCAAACAGGAUGCUCAUGUAUUACAGAAUACUGCCGAAUUCGUUUUCAUCGAAAGAUACAGAAAUUGAAAUAGUGCUGCUCGUCAAUGGAACGUCGUACGCAGGGGUGGGAUGGAGACCGCUAAAUUUGGGACCACUUUGCAAAAGUUGGCCAUUUAUUCCGGAAGCGUUGGAUGAAAAUGCUAACACGAUUGAUACAUCAAACAAGAAUCGGCGUCAAAGUGGAAUUGUUGGUUCUCCGUGGGCUGCACAAGACGCCUUUUCCGCCAUGGACUGCACCGAUAUCAUCAUUGGAACAGCGAAAGGGGGUUUGAGCCGAAUUCGGGAUUACUACUCGCGAGGUCGUCACACUCCUCAACUUGAUUCAACUUGGGGUGGCAAGGAUGACAUUAAUGCCGCCACUGGUUGGGAAAGUAAUGGCGUGACGACCCUGAUUUUCCGUCGAUAUCUGCGCGCCCGGGACACCCCCGACCAUUCCUUAGACAAGGGAGAAAUGCUCGUAAUUUGGGCGCGGGGUCAAGAACCGGAUGAAAUUGUUCGAGAUCCAAAUGCAAGAUUGGAGAAGAAUGAACAUCGCGUGUCCAGAUUUUAUGUGCAGGAUGAACUCAAAUAUCACGGGCUGGCGGAUCAAAAGGGCGUCCUUACCCUCGACUUCUUGGCGCAUACUAACCAACAAUUUGGACCACAUAAUGCAAGACUUUAUCGGGGAUAGACCAAAAAAAUAACAAUUAACAAAAUUCAGGGAAUUUUUUUAGUAACAAUGAUUUGAUUACAAUUAUUUUAUUAGUUGAAUCAAUUGUAUCUAGUUGCUUUAAAUUAAUUUCUUAUUAUUAUUCUUACGAUUUAGUGGCGUCAUUGUGCAGCAUUUAUUGAAAUACGGCAUUAAUCUUACUGCAAACUUGUACAAGAUUUAGUAUCUUGAUUGUUACUGUAAUUAUACUAUUUUAGACUAUUCAAUUUUAAUUAUUACUUCAAUUGUUACUAUUUCCCCCGCAUCUUAAUUUAUUUUUAGUUGUUUUUUUCUCAAAGUACAAAGAGAGAUUUGUACCAUUGCAAUUAUUUUUACAGUUUUGUACAUAUUCUUGUAAAACUUGAACCUAGAUUAAUUAAUUUUAGCCCAAAUAAUUCGCAUAAAUUGUAACGAAUACACGAAUAAUAUUCAACUACAAUUUUCGCCAAGAGAAGAAUACUUAAUGUCUAAUACUCGGAUAUUUUGUUGCGAAAUCUUCUUUAAUGGAAUUCGCGAAUCUGACAUAUUUCUUUUCAGCACUGGAUUAUUCUUUACGUGGCGUGGCGUAAAAUCAGGUUUUCUUUCAUUACGUAUUUAGUUAGUACCCGAGAAUCAACAUUCUUCUCAUGUCUACAUAAAUUAAUACGAUAUUAGAUUAGUUUCAGUGGAAGAUUGCUGAACCGUCCAAGCCUUGAGAUACACGCAUGCAAAUACUAUUUCAAACCACUUAUUGUUACAAAUCUUAUUUUCAUGAGUCAAAUCCAAUUUUCUUUGUGGAUCUUGCUAAAUGAGGUAGUUACAAGUUACAACUACAGUGAUUAAUCGCGUCUCGUGCAAGAAAGAACCACUAUUUAGUAGCCAUUUACUUGAUUCACGCACUACAAACAAGCACAUCUUCAUAACUAACUAGUAAUUUCGACCAUUUGUGCAAACAAGACGGCAAAAAUGACGACACUCAUCGUCAUCUCGUUAUUAUUUAUUGUCACCUUCGCGAUAAGUUACUGUGACGGAGUACAAUUUUACAAACAUCCCAUCCCAAUUCCAACCUCAUCGUCGAAAAAUUAUCCAAAAGUUGGACAACGAAGUAUUCAAACCGCGUCAGACUGGGAGAACGAUCCUGCAGUGCAAUUUUUUGUUAAUAAUGCGAAAGAGGGAACUUAUCAUUUUGGAUUUGAUACAGGAGGAAGCCCCUCAAUUUAUCGGGAAGAAAUCAGAGAAAAAUCUGGACGCGUGAAAGGCCGUCAUGCAUACAUUGAUCCAGACGGAAUAUUAAGAGUCACGGAAUACACAGCGGACGCUCGAGGAUAUCGCUCGGCAGAGUCGCAGUACUUGUUAUUCGACACUUCAGAUCUACAACUUAUCGGUCCAAUUCCUAAACCCAGUCGUCAAAAGUUAUAACAGUCUGAAAUUCAGGAUUAGCAUUAAGGAAUCGUCGUAAAAAAUAGUAGCUUUCUGACUUUACAAGUUUAUUAAAUGAGUAAAUAAAUAACGAACCCGACCAUGUACAAUAAUCUCCUCGUCGUCGUUGUGGACGUGGACAUCUUCGACAUAGGUUGACUUUUAAUUAUUACGACUUUUAUACAUGCGAUACUACGUAAAUGUACAUCUUCUAUUCAUCAAACUCCUUCACAUAACGAAGUGGAAUGCCUCGUUCCCAAAAUUAAAACAACUCAUCUUCCUUGCUGAUCUUCAUCAAAUUUUACCUAUUUCAAUCCAUCUAAACUAAAACAAGACAAUAAUUUUCUGGACUGAUGAGCUCGUAAAACGGGACCUACCAAACCAAAUGUACAACUUUAUUACACCCAAAAAAACACUCACGCAUAGACGACCUUGCCCAAUUACGUAUAAAAAAGGUUAUUGAAUUACUAAUAAUAAGUACAGUAAUAGUUCAUCCAAAUAAAAGUGAACCUUCUGCUAAA